AUGAGAAAUCUAAACAAAGUAAUUAAAAUUUCUUAUGCGCAAGGAGGAAAUUUAGAGGAGGAACUUAACAAAUUCCUAACAGCGUAUCGUACAACACCUCAUGGGACUACUGGAAAAGCCCCAGAUGAGAUGUUAUUCAAGAGACGUCUUCGCACAAAGAUACCUGAAUUGGUUCCUUUUGAUAAAUGUGAUGAAGAAGUACGUGAUAGGGAUGCAGUUCUCAAACAGAAAGGAAAGGAAUAUGCGGAUGACAAGAAGAAUGCAAAAUAUCCUGACCUCAAAGUUAAUGAUAAAGUUCUACUGCAGCAGCGUAAAACGUGUAAGACAACAACUAUGUAUGAACAUGAUCCUUACGAGAUCGUUGACGUGAAUGGUUCACAAGUGACAAUCAAAUCAGGUGAAGGUGUUUGCUACAAACGCAAUUCUUCACACGUUAGAAAAUUUGAAGAAUCAGAUUUACCAUCGGGAAAUGAACAUAUUGACGAGUCGGAACAUUUCAAAGAACCGGACACUAAUGAACAAGUGAUAGAUAAAUCGUUGGUCGUUGCUGAACCAAGACGUUCAUCCAGAAGUACAAAAGGAAGAGCUCCAGAGAGACUUGAUUUAUGA